GGCUCGCCAACACUUGUAGUAGCUUGGAAACUCUCUUGCUUGUCUGCUCUCCUUCUCCUUCCACUCACAGAUGGAAUCGUCCUGUGUUUUCUUCACUCGAUCAUCUGUCACUCACCCACCUCACCGCCCUAACUUUACAUUUCAAUGGUUGUGAUGAUCUCAGUCAAUUUACUAUGCCUUGUCCACCACUACUGAUAGUAGGAGGGUGAAUUGAAAUCUGUCAUGCUAUGCCUUCCAUUUCUGAACUAGUGCUAUCUGAAUGGCGAAGCAUGCUUAGCAAUGACAUCUCAGACCUGAAACUUUUGGAUUUUAAACUCUUAAAUGCCAACAUCUUCAUUUAGUUCAUCAUGCAACGCUUCCACAAUCUACAUCCUUGUGUGCAUCAGCCCAUCAAGUAUCUUGCAGGGUUUGCUUUUGUUUAUUUUGAGGAUGACCGUGAUGCUGCAGAUGCUGUACGUGGACUUGACAAUAUACCUUUUGGUUAUGACAGGCGAAGGCUUUCAGUGGAGUGGGCUCGGGGUGAACGUGGUCGGCACCGAGAUGGGCCCAGGUCGACAGCAAACCAGAGGCCAACUAAAACCUUGUUUGUUAUUAAUUUCGAUCCAAUUCAUACCAGGGUUGAAGACAUAAAAAGACACUUUGAGCGUUAUGGAGAGGUGCUGCAUGUCCGAAUUCGACGGAACUUUGCAUUUGUGCAGUUUGAGACACAAGAAGACGCCACCAAAGCUCUCGAGUGCACACACAUGACCAAGAUAUUGGACAGGGUGGUUUCUGUUGAGUAUGCUUUGAGGGAUGACAGUGAGAGGGGUGACAGAUAUGAUAGUCCCAGAAGAGGAAGUUAUAAUGGAAGAUCACCAAGUCCAGUUUAUCGCAGACGGCCAAGUCCUGAUUAUGUUCGAGCUCGCAGCCCUAUUUAUGAUAAGUAUAAUGGUCCAGUAUAUGACAGGCGCCAAAGCCCUGAUUAUGGUAGGAACAGAAGCCCUGAGUAUGGCAGAAACCGAAGUCCGUCUCCAAUUCGAAGAUCGAGAACAUGAGGAGUCAGAGGAAGCGUCCUGCUUGGUUCUGUGUGCCAUUUCCCUGUGUAAUUGCAAUAGAUCUACUGUGUAGAGAAGGCAUUUCGGCAUUGUAUGUAGUUUCCUCGUUAAAUUUUUAAUCUCAUAGACGAUUAAUUUCUGUCAAA